AUGGAAAAUACCACUGACUUUUUAGAUGUGUUCGCCAAUGAAACUACAGUGACAGGAAUCUCGCCCGGUUAUCUUCCAAUCAACGAGGACCCGAUCGACGAAACGAGUUCGAAGACCUACCCUCUGCCGGCAAAGAUCGUCAUCUGCAUCCUAUUGUCGCUGAUGAUCGUAACAACUAUAGCCGGCAACGUGUUCGUGAUCGCCGCCAUUUUGCUUGAGAAGAGCCUGCGCGGAGUGUCCAAUUAUUUGAUUAUGUCGCUCGCCGUCACCGACUUGAUGGUGGCCAUUCUUGUCAUGCCGAUUAGUGUCGUGAACGAGGUGAGCGCCAAAUGGAACCUUGGCAGCGUGAUAUGCGAUAUGUGGAUCAGUUUUGAUGUACUCUGUUGCACUGCCUCUAUACUUCAUUUGGUAGCCAUAGCGUUCGACCGUUACUGGGCAGUUUCGAACAUCGAUUACAUUCGACGCCGUUGCGCCAGACAGAUAGGAAUCAUGGUGCUUACGGUGUGGGUGGUUGCGGUGACGAUUUCUAUUCCGCCCCUUUUUGGCUGGAAGGAUGACAACGAUCCAAAUAUAACAAAACGCUGUAUGAUAAGUCAGGAUCUUGGCUACACUAUUUUCUCCACACUGGGCGCCUUCUACUUCCCACUAAUAUUAAUGCUAGUGUUAAACAUUAAAAUCUACGUGGCGGCCCGGACGCGUAUACGGAAAAAAGGUUUCUAUGGUUAUCAGCGUCCGGCGCCUGUCUCAGCUAUCACAGUAACUGCUACAGAAGGACAUAAUUUAUCUCCAAAUUCAUCGGGAAGUGAUGUGAGCCAAGAUCGAUUCAGUGCCUACAACGGCUCGUGUAUGAACAUGAACGAACUCUCACGAAUUCACAGUGCAGGUGAGUUAACCGAGGAACAUCCAACAUUGGUACCUGCCUCUGUUAGCGCCCUUGACACUACGACAGGGGUAGAUGCCGGGGGUGAAGUUCAAGACAAAGGAGGAGGCACGGGCGACCCCAGCAGCUGUAGGAUAACAAAUAUCAGCUGUUGCGUGCCCAAGUCAACGUCAGAGACUUUCAAGACGACAGCGACAAUAACAAUAACAACGACAAAAGAAACAACGAUGUCGGCGGCGGCUGUAGCGACAUCAAACCGUGUGAAAAUAUGUGAAACGCAAUUAAACCAAUUGUCAGUCCCAACUCAUGGGGGAGGGGGCUCUGGUAGCAGUGGGUGCGGCGGGAAGCCACUUUUAACACCGAAAGGCCAGUCUCGGCCGGCAGCCAACGGGAACAUCAAACGUAUCAGACACCGGGAAAGGGAGCGGGCUAAGAAGGAAAAAAUCGAGCUGAAGCGGGAACGAAAAGCCGCUCGAGUGAUCGCCAUCAUUACGGGCGGCUUCAUUGCUUGUUGGCUUCCGUUCUUUAUCGUGGCCUUAAUCGGACCUUUCUGUGGUGAACACUGUUACUUCCCGGAGGUGAUGAUGAGUGUAUUUCUUUGGUUAGGUUAUCUUAAUAGCCUUCUGAAUCCUAUCAUUUACACGAUUUUCAAUCCCAGCUUUCGGACAGCCUUUAGGAAACUGAUUUACGGCAAAUACAGACUCGGACCUCAAUGCCGAUGA